UUCGAGCGCAUCACCAUGGAGUACUUGAUACCAUUUCUUCUGACGUUGGCUAGCACGAGGUAUCUCUGCUCACUAGGAGAAGGGCCUAAUGCUCCAGUGGUCGAUAAGGAAGAGUUCCGUAUCAAUUACUGUAGACUUAGCCCAGCUCCGACUGUACUAUCAUGGGUUUUUUCUGUGGUUUCUCCAUGGUUCUGUUCCAACAGCCUGAGAGGUGAGGUUCAGUGUGAAUACGCGGCCCAGUAUGCAGUUAACGACCCGAGCACCUACUACAUGCCGGAGUACCAGUUCAAGUUCACCAAGAGCUGGGAAAGAACGUUCGAAAAUGGAACCAUCGGGCACGGGAACAUAGUGACAAUUUUAAGGUGCCAAAACUCGUCGAUGACUAGCAUCAUUUGCGCAGUGAAAAAUUGUCAAUUGAGAACUUACACGGAAGUCCCCGACGGUACUACGAAACCGGAGAACCCAAAGUACGUUCAGGACAUGGGAGAGAACAAUGCGCUGGGUCAGCCAUUUGAGAUAGUCUUUGAUCAAAAUGGCGUGAAGCAACUGGUGACGGAUCGCCGAACUACAGAAGUUACCCACGGAUCUUGGUGGGAGAUCGCGAACCGCUUCAACGUUCUGUGGGUGAAAAACCUCGAAUUAGGCGAUCACUUGAUCUCUAGGUCGGAAAGUACUAUUUACGGAAAGUGCCUUGCGACGAUCAAAGCGAAGGAAGAUAAGCUGAGAGAUUAUUCUGGGAAAUCAGACGGGUUUAAGAUUGAUAUCGAAGAGGGGUUUCAAGGAAAGCAGUUCUUUUACGAGAAAACACGAGAUACUAGCUCAUGUGAGGAAAGAAUAAAAAUCCUAGGAAAUCGGAAUAACUUAUUCGUGGUUGCUUUACUGGAUGUUGCUAAGUCGAGGGUUAUUCUGUCGGAGACUGAGUUUUUUUCGAUGUUUGAAGAUCAAAUGACUUAUUUGAUAAUGGGAAAAACUAAGAUUGUAAAUCACCAUAAAAUGAACAUGGUUCUUACUGGAAUUGAACAGGCUGUUGAUAAAAUUACGCCUGUUAAAAAUCCUGUUAUUAAAUUGUUUAAACCUGAGUGA